UUGAUUUUUACUCGCACGGAAUUGGUUGCAUAACAAGCGCGCGACGCAGCGUAGCAGACGGAAUAGAUAGGACAAACAAAUUUUUUAAUAAGAAAAGUGAUUUUUAAAGAAAUAAACCUAAACUGAUCAACGAUUAGCUAUUGUUUGCUAAAAUAAAAAAAACGAUUAGUGGCUACUAAAAAAAAAUAGUAGAAAAGAGUACACAAAAUUCUUAGCGCUAAAUUCGACCUUCGCUAGGAACGAGAAUGCUUCCUGCUACUUCAACAUUAUGUGGAAUAUUCUCAUUACUAAUCGCUGGCUCACCAAUAUUCUAUAGUCCUGCGCCGCGUGGUGUCUGCUCCAAUUGCUGUGCGAUACGUGAACGAGAAGAUAUUAAAUUCCUGCUCUACACGAACAAAAAUUCACAAAACCCACAAAAUCUCAAUCUGGGCGAUGAGCGCCGGCUGGCUAAAAGCAAUUUCGAUUUGCAACAACCCUGCUUUUAUUUGCAUGGCUUUUCCGAAUCGGCCACCGGUGACAAUCAGAGCAGUCAACAACUAAAAGGAGCCUUUCUGAAAGCGGGCAAUUACAAUGUCAUCCUCGUCGAUUGGAGUCCCAUGACAGCGCUGCCUUGGUACACAAAUGCUGUCGAAAAUUUGCCGGUGGCAGCGCGUUUCAUGGCGCGUUUUUUGCGUUUCCUUGUUGCGAGCGGCUAUCAAACGCGGCUCAUUCAUGUGAUUGGCUUCAGUUUGGGCGCCGAAGUGGCGGGUUUCGUGGGCAAGCAGCUGUUGGAAUGGGGCGUGGUGCUACCAAGGAUAACUGGCCUCGACCCGCCACUGCCACUCUUCGAAUCGGAUAGCGGUAAUCGUCAUUUGACUCACACAGAUGCGCGCUUUGUCGACAUUAUACACACCGAUGGCGGUAUACUCGGCAAUCCGGAUGCAAUGGGUCAUGCAGAUUUCUAUCCAAAUGGCGGACGACCAUUACAACCAGGCUGUGCUAGGCAAGAAAUAGCUAACAAUCGCUGGUUAGGCAUACUAAUUGGUUGCAGCCAUCAGCGCGCAUGGGAGUACUUUGUGGAGUCUAUAAAUCGGCCAUAUGGUUUUCCGGUAGACAUCUGCGAGCCGUCGAAGCAAUUCACCAGCUGCAAGGAUGGCAAUGGACGCGCAUUUAUGGGAAUAGCAGCGGAUCAUAGAUUGCGUGGUAAAUUCUUUUUAGAAACAAAUGAUGCGCCACCCUACGGCCGCGAUGCCGAACCACCAUCAGCUUUGACAUUCCCAAGCGGCACAGCAACAAUAACAUCAGCGGCCGGCACGCUGCCGCUGUUGCCAGCUGUCAAGAAAAUUAAUGGCACUCGAGGCUAUGACGGCAAUACCUUGAGGAAAAGAAGGCAUACAAAAGCGGCGACGGCAGCGUCGACAAGCAUAUCAACAGUAGCGAAUGCGCAAACAACAAAAACAGUAAAAAGACAAAUUGCAACAACAAAGGCGCGUACAAUUCAUUCAACCAGAACAAAGACAGCGUAGGCGCAGCUGUAGUAGCGAAAUAACAGCUGCUGAUUUUGGCUCUGACUUGAGCGCAAUGUGGGUGGCAACGACAAGGUUGUCUGCUUGUAGACGCAGCUGCUGUCUUCUUGCAGCGCAACAAUGUCCAGAAAGUUUUUGGUAGAGAUUUGCUUUUGAUGCGCGCACAAAGCAGCCAG